CUUUUCUGCACGAGAAGCGUCGGUUAGUGGUCGGCGGACCGUCGGCGCGCCGAGUCUGCGCGUCCUCGUGCGUUUCCCAGAAGAAUCAUGCGUGAUUAACGGAUUUCCCUGUAAGAGACUGAGAAGUGAGUCCCGGAGAAACUCCGGAGGAAACAUGGAGGCUGUGAGUGAGUGGAACCCGCAACAGGUUCUGGACUGGAUCCGAGGCCUGGACGACAGCCUGCAGCAGUACCUGCCGUCGUUCCAGCAGCAGCAGGUGGACGGGGAGAAGCUGCUCAGGACGACCCACCAGGAGCUGCUGGUUCUGGGCGUGUCGCGGGUCGGACAUCAGGAGCUGCUGCUGGAGGCCCUGGAUCUGCUCUGCGCUCUGAACUACGGCGUGGAGUCGGACAACCUGAAGACUCUGGUGGGGAAGAUGAGGGCGGCUCACCACAACCUGAGCGGCGCCGUGUCGCAGCGCAGGAAGAACCCCGCCUACCACAACAAAAACUCCCAUCAGCCCACCAACGAGUUCCUGACCGCCGUGGUGGAGCUGAUCGGAGCCGCCAAGAGUCUGCUGUCCUGGCUGGACAGGACUCCGCUGACGAGCCCCAACGACUUCACUUCCACCAAAAGCAGAAUCAUCCAGCUGUGUCUGGAGCUCACCUCCACGGUCCAGAAGGACUGUACUGUUUAUGAGAUGGAGGAGAAGAUCCUGGAAGUGUCGCGAGCUCUAAACGGCAUCUGUGAGAAGACGGCCCAGGCGACCUCUGACCCGGCGAAGAUCGAGAUGUCCUGUCUGGAGGAAGUUCACAUCACCAACGUCAAACCUGGGGAGGGACUGGGGAUUUACAUCAAAUCCACGUACGACGGACUUCACGUCAUCACAGGAACCACGGAGAACUCUCCUGCUGAUAAAACCCAGAGGAUUCACGCUGGAGACGAAGUCGUUCAGGUCAACAAACAGACGGUGGUGGGGUGGCAGCUGAAACACCUGGUGGAGGCGUUGAGGGCGGAGACUGGAAGCGUCGCCCUGGUGGUGAAGAAGAGGCCGUGCAGCAUCUCCGGCGGCUUCGCACCCGCCCCUCUGAAGAACCUGCGCUGGAGACCGCCGCUCGUUCAGACGUCUCAAAGAUCUUCAGGACUCUUCAGACCUCCACAGCCUGAAACCUCAGGGAGAGCAGCCGUCUUGGAUCUGUACAUCCCUCCUCCUCCUGCAGCGCCGUACGUUCCAACAGACGGGAACACCAACGUGUCUCCAGGUGUGAAACUGAGGCCCAAGUCUCCGAACUCGUGUCUGGACUCGGACACGCGGCACCGCGUCUCUGUUGCAGAGGACAUCAGGACGUCCGUCAGCCCUGAACACAACCAGCCGAUCCCCGUCCACUUUCGCCAGCGCGCCUCUUCGCGCUGUAAAACUCGACCCGUCUCCAUGCCGGCGGAGGCGUUCUCGGGCGUGUCCCACAGACCCGGAGCUCAGGGAAGGAAAGGUCAGGACAUUCUCCACAAAUAUCUGAGUAACGAGGGGAUCAGCACCAUCACGGAGGAGGAGCCGUGUUUCCCGCUGCCGUACCGGGGUCACCCGUCUGUCCGCGGCGUCGACCACAUCAGAGGCAGCCAGUGCUUCAUCAACACCAACCUGCACAACAGCGCCACCAUCCCCUACCAGGAGGCGGCAUCCAAAAAGUCCUCCUCCCCCUCCUCCUCCUCCUCCUCCCCCUCCUCCUCCUCCUCCACGCCCGCUGCCGUCUCUCCUCCUCAGGCUGUGACCAAGCAGUCGACCUCGCUGCUCGGAGGAUGGCUGGCUCGUCUCAGGCUGCUCAGCCACUGACGGAGGAGAAACCGGAUUUAAAUCUAAUCACAGACAAAUUCUCUCCUCCUGCAGGAGCUCGUGUGUCCAGAAAAAUGUAUUUAAUCGUCUACACUGUCACUUCUCAGCUGAAGACCUGCAGCAGCUGUCGACUCCUUCUGGAACCAAGCAAAGAUUUUAUGAUGGAGGGGUUUUGAAAAUGAAAAUCAACGACAACGGAAAGAAAAGACGAAAAACCUGCAACAUCAACUUUACACUGGUCAAAGCUCGUUGUCAGGAGUUUUCAUGUCGUACUGGAGAGUCUGGUCACUGGUUAUCAGUUACAUUUUCUACUUAAAUAAUCGAAUAAUAGAAAAUAUGAAACUCUGACACCUGUUUACUCUCAUUUUCUACUUUUUAAAGGCUCUAAACAAUCAUGAAGACUUGUGUUUUGUUGACCUCCUGUGGUUUAACGUCUCACUGUGCGUCAGGGACGUGAAGGUGUGCUCCAGGUCACUGUGACAUCACUGCUGGGCGUGGUCAGAGGACAGUAGCGUGGGACAACAGAGGACAGUAGCGUGGGACAACAGAGGACAGUAAAAACAGCUUCUCAGUCUGAUGCAUCAAAGAUUUCUCCAAAAUAAAAACUGAGAAAAAGCCCUAAUUUGGAGAUGAUCUGCUGGAUGGAGGCGGUCAUGGUCCCCAGAGGAAGAAUCUGACUUUUCCUAUUGGAACUAUUGACACCAUCAUUAUUCUGACUCGGGCCUUCAUCUUCCCCUCAAGGUGAAAUGUUACAAAUAUGAUCCUCGAGCAAUUCAUCUAAUAUUGUGACCAAAGAUCUGAAAAACCAAAAACAUUCCCAUCAGAGCCACUUGGUCUGAAAUCAGCCUCACAGAGCUGCUGCUGCUCCAAAGGUUCAAUAAAGAAUUCAUUCAUUAUCAGAGAAGGUGACGUUCUCCAGUUUAUGAAGCAGGUGGAACAGUUCAGUGAAUCUGAAACUCUCCAGCGGUUCAGCUGCUGCAGGUCACUCGUCAUCAGAACCUUAAAGCCUAAAGAUCAUCACCUGCUGCCGGGCGGGGAACAAACCAACUGGACCUUACGUCUCCUUCAGGGAUUUCAGCUGCCGAAACUUUUAUUAACUUUAAAAUUCAGAUUCGGGACAUUUUAAUUUAAAAUACAGCUCAUUAAACCUUUUGAGUAAUUACACUGCUAACAGAAGAAAUGUGGAAAUAUUUGUACCUGUUCGGAAUUUGAACGAUUAUCUAACAAAUAGAAAUCCAUGUUUUUAAUGUCAAACUCAAGCUAGUUCCAAAAAAACUGAAAAUACUUAACAAUAUAUUUUCCGUUCAUGGCAGUGAAGAUCUGCUGAAAGUUAACUGAAAGACUAGAAUCCAUGAGCAGAAUUUAAAUCGAAACAAUCCCAAAAUGUCAAAGAUUUAAGGCCUCGAUGACGAGCGUCAGAUUUAAACUCAAAUAUUUGUAGUUUAGAAAUGAAGAAGCAUCUGAAAACAUCCGAGCACCUUCUCUCUCUCUCUCUCUCUCUCUCUCUCUCUCUCUCUCUCUCUCUCUCUCUCUCUCUCUCUCUCUCUCUCUCUCUCUCUCUCUCUC